CCAAACACUCAGAGGGUCAGUGGAUGGAGGAAAACCAAGGAUCUGAGCAUGGACAAGAAGCCAGUGUCACAACACAAAGUAAGGACAAAGAUGUAAAUGCAAAAGUGUCGCAAAGUAAGAAUUUUAAUGGAAGCAAAAGAGUUUAUGAUUGCCCUGUGUGCCAUAAACAGUUUGGUGCUCCAUCCAAACUAAAAAGACAUUGUCUUAUUCACACGAAUCAGAGGCCAUUUCAGUGUUCCAUAUGCUGCCGUGCCUUCAGAGAACACUCUCAUCUAAAAGUACACUUCAGAUCUCACAAUAUCCCUGAGAAGCGGAGAGCACCAUCACUCCAGAGCUAUAGAAACAAUAGUGUGCCCUGUAAUCGAGCAUCUAAGUCAAAGUUAAAACCCUCUCCAAAACAACCAACUGCCCAAGACUAUACCAAAUCAACAGAUAAUGAAAAGUCAACAGUGCACCAAGACCAAAAUAUGGUUACAGAGAAUAUGGCAUCUCAAAAAAUAAGUGGUGACUGCAAUGAUUCAGGCAUAUAUUUGCAAGAUUCCUUUCUAAAUGAAGCAGUUUGGGAUCGUCACACUGGACAGAUUUCUGCAUAUUCUUCCAAACCUUCAGAAGGCCAGUGGAUGGAGGAAAACCAAGAAACUGAGGAGGAAAAAGAAGCUAGCGUCACAACACAAAAUGAGGACAAGGAUGUAAAUAUGAAGGUGUUGCAAAGAAAGAAUUCUAAUGUAAACAAAAGAGUUUAUGAUUGCCCUGUGUGCCAUAAACGGUUUGGUGCUCCAUCUGAACUAAAAAGGCAUUGUCUUAUUCACACAAAUCAAAGGCCAUUUCAGUGUUCCAUAUGCUGCCGUGCCUUCAGAGAACACUCUCCUCUAAAAGUGCACAUCAGAACUCACACCAACCCUAUGAAGAGGAGGACACGAUCACUCCAUAGCUAUAAGGACAACAGUGUGCCCUGUAAUCGAACACCCAAGUCAAGGUUAAAACCCUCUCCAAAAUAUCUAACUGUCCAAAACAAUGCUAGUUCAACAGAAAAACAACAGUCAACCGUUCACCAAGAUGCAAAUAUGGUUACAGAGAAUGUGGCGCCUCAAAUGAUUAGUGGUGACUGCAGUGAUUCAGAUGUAUAUUUGCAAGAUUCCCUUCUAAAUAAAGGAGGUUGGGAUCGUCACACUGGACAGAGUUCUGCAUAUUCUUCCAAACACUCAGAGGGUCAGUGGAUGGAGGAAAACCAAGAAACCGAGGAGGAACAAGAAGCCAGCGUCACAACACAAAAUGAGGACAAGAAUUUUAAUGGAAGCAAAAGAGUUUAUGAUUACCCUGUGUGCCAUAAACGGUUUGGUGCUCCAUCCAAACUAAAAAGGCAUUGUCUUACUCACACAAAUCAAAGGCCAUUUCAGUGUUCCAUAUGUUGUCGUGCCUUCAGAGAACGCUCUCAUGUAAAAGUACACUUCAGAUCUCACAAUAUCCGUGAGAAGCGGAGAACACCAUCACUCCAGAGCUAUAGAGACAAUAGUGUGCCUUGUAAUCAAGCAUCAAAGUCGAGGUUAAAACCCUCUCCAAAACAACCAACUGCCCAAGACUAUACCAAAUCAACAGAUAAUGAAAAGUCAACAGUGCACCAAGACCAAAAUAUGGUUACAGAGAAUAUGGCAUCUCAAAAAAUAAGUGGUGACUGCAAUGAUUCAGGCGUAUAUUUGCAAGAUUCCCUUCUAAAUGAAGGAGGUUGGGAUCGUCACACUGGACAGAGUUCUGCAUAUUCUUCCAAACACUCAGAGGGUAAGUGGAUGGAGGAAAACCAAGAAACUGAGGAGGAACAAGAAGACAGCGUCACAACACAAAAUGAGGACAAGGAUGUAAAUGCGAAGGUGUUGCAAAGAAAGAAUUCUAAUGUAAACAAAAGAGUUUAUGAUUGCCCUGUGUGCCAUAAACGGUUUGAUGCUCCAUCUAAACUAAAGAGGCAUUGUCUUACUCACACAAAUCAAAGGCCAUUUCAGUGUUCCAUAUGCUGUCGUGCCUUCAGAGAACGCUCUCAUCUAAAAGUACACUUCAGAUCUCACAAUAUCCGUGAGAAGCGGAGAACACCAUCACUCCAGAGCUACAGAGACAAUAGUGUGCCUUGUAAUCUAGCAUCAAAGUCGAGGUUAAAACCCUCUCCAAAACAACCAACUGCCCAAGACUAUACCAAAUCAACAGAUAAAGAAAAGUCAACGGUGCACCAAGAUGAAAAUAUGGUUAUAGAGAAUAUGGCGUCUCAGAUUAUUAGUAGUGACUGCAGUGAAUCAGAUGCAUAUUUGCAAGAUUCUCUUCUAAAUAAAAAAGGUUUGGAUCUUCACACUGGACUGAGUUCUGCAUAUUUUUCCAAACCUUCAGAGGACCAGUGGAUGGAGGAAAACCUAGAAGCUGAGGAGAAACAAGAAUCCAGUGUAACAACACAAAGUGAGGACAAUGAUGUAAAUAUGACGGUGUUGCAAAGUAAGAAUUCUGAUGGAAACAAAAGAGUUUAUGAUUGUCCUGUGUGCCAUAAACGAUUUGGCGCUCCAUCCAAUCUAAAAAGGCAUGGUCUUAUUCACACAAAUCAGAGGCCAUUUCAGUGUUCCAUAUGUUGCCGUGCCUUCAGGGAACGCUCUCAUCUAAAAGUACACAUGAAAAUUCAUAAUGUCCCUGUGAAGCGGAAAAAAACAUCACUCCAGAGUUACAGAGACAACAGAGUGUCCUGUAAUCGAGCAUCUAAGUCAAAGUUAAAACCCUCUCCAAAACAACCAACUGCCCAAGACUAUACCAAAUCAACAGAUAAAGAAAAGUCAACCGUGCAACAAGAUCAAAAUGUGCUUACAGAGGAUAUGCGGUCUCAAAAAAUGAGUGGUGGCUGCAGUGAUUCAAGUGUAUAUUUGUCAAAAAGUACUAGUCCUUUAGAGAAUGUUGAGAACAAGGUUGUUUUCUCGUGCAACAACAAAUCAGCUUGGGGUCUGACACAUAAAACUGACAUCUUGCUUGAUGGGAAAAAGUCAUCUGACAUUGUGCCUUUUGGCAGGGUGAGUGACUGUCCACCCAAAACUGACUCAUCUCGCCGUCAUUGUGCUCCCGAAUCAAGAACUGAGGAAAAAUGGGCACAUCACAUGGAUGAUAUUGAAGAUUGUGUCUUUGUGGACUCUGACACUGUUGUGAUACAGUGUGUCCCUGAUUCUUAUGAGCCCAGUUCUUGUCAGUAUCAACAGAAACCUGAUGACCCCAGACUCCCAGAAGUUUUUGUGAAGCUUGAGGACAUUGAGGAUCCAGGUGAAUGCUUUAUCAAACCUCCACAUGACCUCCCCUUUUGUCCUGACUGUAGUCAGAGUUUCCGCACGAUUAGGAAUUUAUAUGGACAUAAUUGUACAAAUAGGUAUCCAGAAGGGGAAAUUAAGAAAUCCCACCAGUGUGACAUUUGCUUCAAAUUCUUCAAUGCGCCAUCCAAAUUGAAGAGACACUAUGUUACUCACACCGGUCAGAGGCCAUUCCAAUGCACACAGUGUCAGAAGUCCUUCACACAGUCCCAUCAUCUAAAAACACACAUGCUGUCCCACAGGUAGAAGGGUUUCUCAAGGGUUGUCCAAAGAUAUGCCCAAACCAAAAGCGUUUUCAAUUGUAUUUCAGUUGUGUGCUAUGAAGUUGUU